AAAAAACUGCAACUGGGCUGAAACCUUACUACAACCAUCAGUAACUCCACAUUUCUUCUUUUGAUAUCCAGAUUUUUAUCACUAUAACAUCAUUUAUUGUUAUUGUUGUUAUUUUCAUUGAUCCUGACAUCCAUCACCUUCACCUCAUCCAUCAUUCACCUCACUGUCCCUGAGGCAGCCGGUGACGUAAACAGCUCAAGCUCGUGGUGACGUUAAAUAAAGGAAGGACAGAGCCGAUCUCAGCUCUUCACUCAGGGCUGCAGUCAGUCACGUGUUUGUAUUUGUGUGUUUCUCCUGUCAUGUCUAAUGAUUGUGUUCAUGUCUGCUCACUAAUCUGAACAGAGAAAAAACAUGGACAACAAAUCUUUGUGGUUCAUCUCAGAGUUGAACCUGGAUCCAUUUCUGAUCCCACCCGGUGCGAAGUAUCCCAUAUUUCUUCUCGGCAUCACGAUCUACGUCUUCAGCAUCAUCUGCAACCUGGUGCUGUUGACGCUGAUCGUUUCGAGGAGGAACCUCCACAAACCCAUGUACUUCAUCCUCUUCAGUCUGCCCCUCAACGACCUGAUCGGUAUCUCCGCCAUGUUGCCCAAAGUGCUGUCCGACAUUCUGACGGAGACAAACACGGUGCAGUACCCUCUCUGCGUUCUCCAAGCGUUCUUGCUCCACAUGUACGGCGGCGGCAUCCUCUUCAUCCUCGCCGCCAUGUCCUUCGACCGCUACGUCGCCAUCUGCAUGCCGCUGCAUUACAGCUCCGUCAUGACGCCCCGCGUCCUGGUCUGCAUCGUGGCCCUGGUCUGGGGCCUGGACUUUGUCCUGAACGUGUCCCUGUUCUCGCUGCAGACGCGGCUGCCGCGGUGCAGGACGCGGGUGAAGAACGUGUUCUGCGACAACCCGUCGCUGCUGAAGCUCACGUGCGAGAGCACGGCGGUCAACAACAUCAUCGGCCUCUUCAACACGGCCGUCAUGCAGGCCGUGAGUCUGUCCGUGCAGGCGUUCUCCUACGUGAAGAUCCUGCUCACGUGCGUGCUGAGCGGCAGGUCCGAGGCCAAGAUGAAGGCGGUGAACACGUGCGUGGCGCAGCUGCUCAUCCUGGUCAUAUUCGAGGUGGUGGCGAUGUUCACCAUCCUGUCGCACAGGUUCAAGAACGUCUCUGCUGACCUGCAGAAGAUCAUGGGCAUGUUGAUAUUCCUCGUGCCGCCGCUCCUGAAUCCCAUCGUGUACGGGCUGUACACGAGCGAAAUCAGGCAGACUCUGCUGAGAGUCAUGAAAAACAGAGUGUCCCUUUAAACUGAGCAUGUACUGUGUGUGUGUGUGUGUGUGCAUGAUGUCAGAAGAUGUUGAAGAAACAUCUCACAAACCUUGAAAUAAUGUCCACAAAGCAAAAUGAAUCACUUUUAAUGAUUUUUUUCUUCUGAAAAUUCACUGAACAGUCAGAGAAUUUGUUUAAAUUAUUUGAAACACUCAAAUCAAGUGACUCGAUGAUCAAAAUCUCAACUUCACACAUUAUAUCUGCUUCAGAUUUGGCAAAAUCUUUCCUUGUUUGUUGUUUUUCUGUCCUCAAAUGCACGUCAGAUAUGAAAAACAUGUGAUAUUAACAAAGUGUUAACAAAGCUGUUUAUGAUUUAAGUUGUUUGAUGCUUUCAUAAUGAACAGGAUUUAAACCGAUAGAAUUUGCAGUGUGUGUCAGUCAAAUUUACAUUUAUUGACAUUAUAGAAGAAAUUAACAGUACAAAAAUCUAAUGUGUAAAACACAAAAAAACACCAGUUCACAAAACUUGAGGAAGUGUAACAAUUGUAUCUUCAAUUUCAGACCAAAUCAAGAAUAAUUCACCUAAAGUUUAUAUACUUUUAACCUGUAAUUUAGUCUUUUCUCAGUUAAAUCCCACUGAGAUUAAGAAGACAGAACCUAGUCAAGGUUUAUUUCAGCAAAACUCAACAACACGAAAAUGUCGAAGAGGACAGAGCAACAAUCAAACCUCAAACGAAGCAAAUACAAACAAA